AUGUAUUUAACAUUGAUAAUUUUACCUUUAUUAGGUUCAAUAGUUUCAGGUUUCUUUGGUAGAAAAGUAGGUGUAAAAGGAGCACAUUUAAUUACAUGUGUUUCAGUAAUUACAACUACAUUUUUAGCUAUAUUAGCUUUCUUUGAAGUAGGUUUUAAUAAUAUACCUGUAACAAUAAAUGUAGCUAGAUGAGUUGAUGUUGAAUCACUUUAUGUUUUAUGAAAUUUUAGAUUUGAUUCAUUAACUGUAUCUAUGUUAUUACCUGUUUUAAUAGUUUCUAGUUUAGUUCAUAUUUACUCUAUAAGUUAUAUGAGUCAUGAUCCUCAUAAUCAAAGAUUCUUUAGUUAUUUAAGUUUAUUCACUUUUAUGAUGAUUAUACUUGUAACAGGUAAUAAUUAUUUAAUAAUGUUUGUAGGUUGAGAAGGUGUUGGUGUUUGUUCAUAUUUAUUAGUAAAUUUCUGAUUUACUAGAAUAGCAGCAAAUCAAAGUUCUUUAUCAGCAUUAUUAACUAAUAGAGUAGGUGAUACUUUAUUAACUGUAGGUAUGUUUGCUAUAUUAUGAUCUUUUGGUAAUAUAGAUUAUAGUACAGUAUUUGCAUUAGCUCCUUAUUAUAAUGAAAAUAUUAUAACAAUAAUAGGUAUUUGUUUAUUAAUAGGUGCUACAGCUAAAAGUUCACAAGUAGGUUUACAUAUUUGAUUACCUCAAGCUAUGGAGGGACCAACUCCUGUAUCUGCAUUAAUUCACGCUGCUACUAUGGUUACAGCAGGAGUAUACUUAUUAAUGAGAUCAUCACCAUUAAUAGAGUAUAGUUCAACUGUAUUAGUACUUUGUUUAUGAUUAGGUGCUAUAACUACAGUAUUUAGUUCUUUAAUUGGUUUAUUCCAACAAGAUAUUAAAAAAGUUAUUGCUUAUUCUACUAUGAGUCAAUUAGGUAUGAUGGUAAUAGCUGUUGGUUUAUCUAGUUAUAAUUUAGCUUUAUUCCAUUUAGUAAAUCAUGCUUUCUAUAAAGCAUUAUUAUUCUUAGGUGCUGGUUCAGUUAUACACGCUGUAGCUGAUAAUCAAGAUUUCAGAAAAUAUGGAGGUUUAAGAGAAUUCUUACCUUUAACUUACUCAGUUAUGUUAAUAGCUUCAUUAAGUUUAGUAGCUGUACCUUUUAUGACUGGAUUCUAUUCUAAAGAUUUUAUUCUUGAAUCUGCUUAUGGACAAUAUUAUUUAUCUAGUACUAUUGUUUACUUUGUAGCUACUAUUGGUGCUAUGUUUACUACACUUUAUUCAGCUAAAGUUUUAUAUUUAACUUUCUUAACUAACCCUAAUGGUCCUUUAGUUAAUUAUAAACAUGCUCAUGAAGGUGAUUUAUUUAUGACUAUACCUUUAAUUAUUUUAGCUAUUUUUUCAAUAUUCUUUGGAUAUUUAACUAAAGAUAUUUUUAUAGGUUUAGGUACUGGUUUCUUUACUGAUAAUAGUUUAUUUAUUCACCCUAGUCAUGAAAUUAUGUUAGAUACAGAAUUUGCUGUACCUACAUUCUUUAAAUUAUUACCUUUUGUGUUUACUGUUUCAUUAAGUUUACUUUCUGUUUUAUUAUCCGAAUUUUUACCUAAAUUACUUAUUAAUUUUAAAUUCUCUAGAUUUGGUUAUAAUAUUUUUAGUUUCUUUAAUCAAAGAUUCUAUAUAGAAUUAUUCUAUAAUAAAUAUAUAGUUGAAGGUGUUUUAAAAUUAGGUGGUCAAACUUCUAAAAGUUUAGAUAAAGGUUCUGUAGAAUUAAUAGGACCUUAUGGUUUAGAAAAAGGAUUAUUAGCUUUAAGUAAUAGUUUAGGUAAUUUAAGUACAGGUAUUGUUACUACUUAUGCUUUAUAUAUCUUAAUAGGAUUAAUCUUUUAUAUUUCUCUAUUAUAUUUCUCUUAUAAUGAUAAUAAUUUAUUAAUCUUAAUUAUUUUUACUUUAUUUGCUUUAUUAAACAGUAACAAGAAAUAA